UACAAACAGAAGUACCAUGAGAAAGCAGAUCGAUUGCAUUGGACAUGGAUUUGCCUUUGCUGACGACCCAUUGCUGGCAAUGUUAUAUGGCGGUCAUGUUAUAUGGUGGAACCCCACUCAACUUUUGAUGUUUGAAUAUUUGCUUUCACAAAUUUUCAUCUGUUUUGCCACAAAAUGAUGAUCCCAUGGUGAAUUCCCAAUGGUACGGGAUGAACCGUGCAAUUCUUUUGCACACGACAGGUUCAAGAUAAGACCGUCAUACCAAUCGCUCUACAUCUACAUGCCCUUACAACGCUGGACGUGUACGAAAGAACUCCAUUAAACAUAUACCGCGAUCAAAUUAUUGACCUGCCGCCACUGAUAUACCCAUGAAAUGAUCAGCACGGCUUGCGCUGGCGAAAGGGAAGGGCAGCAGAGCAGCAACUCGCGGACGCCGUCAAGGCGCAAUCGUGCGUAUCCUAAGCAGCAUGCACACAUGACGCGGCAGUCGCUACGCCAGACGCUCUACUUCCCGGCGUUUCUACUGGCACGCCAACGGGCGGCGCCGAGCUCAGCCCGCCGUGCACCCCGGGCGCGAUGGUCGUGCCGCCCGGCGUGGCCUACAACGCGGCCAUCUCACGCUGCUCCCGCGCGGGCCUGCACCAGCGCGCUCUCGCCCUGCUCCACGAGAUGCGCGCCCGUGGCCACCGCGCCGACGAGUACACCCUCCCGCCCGCCCUCAACUCCGCCGCGCUCCUCCGGCUCCCCGCCGACGCGCUCCACUCCCUCCUCCUCCGCGCGGGCCUCGCCGCGCACCUCCACGUCGCCAACGCGCUCGUCGACGCCUACGCCAAGCUGUCCCGCCACGGCGCCGCGCGGGCCGUGUUCGACGAAAUGCCGCGCCGCGACGUGGUCAGCUGGACCUCCCUCCUCACGGGGCUCGCGCGCUCCCGGUCCCACGACUCGGCCCUGCAGGUCUACCGCGACAUGGUCGCCGCCGGCGUCGGCCCGGACGAGUUCUCCGUCGCGGCCGCGCUGAGCUCGUGCGCCGGGGCGACGGCGCUGGAGCUGGGCCGGUCGGUGCACGCCGCCGCGGUCCGGCUCGCGCUCGACCCGUUCCUCUCCGUCGGGAACUCGCUGGUCUCCAUGUACGCCAAGACCGGCUCGCUCGGCGAGGCCAAGAAGGUCUUCGACGCGACGCGGGUCGACCGGUGCGACCCCAUCACGUGGACGGCGCUGAUUGUCGGGUACGCGCAGAACGGCCGGGGCAGGGAGUCGCUGGAGAUCUACGCCGACAUGGUCCGGUCCGGGUGCAGGCCGGACUACGUGACCUUCAUCGGCCUUCUCUUCGCGUGCAGCCACGCCGGCCUGGUCGACGCCGGCCGGGCGCACUUCCGGUCCAUGCAGGCCGAGCACGGCAUCGCGCCCGGGGCAGACCACUACGCGUGCAUGGUGGACCUGCUCGGGCGCGCCGGGCGGCUCGACGAGGCCAUGGACCUGCUGAACCGGAGCACGACGAGGCUGGACGCCACGGUCUGGAAGGCGCUGCUGGCCGCGUGCCGGACGCACCGGAACGCCGAGCUCGCCGAGCACGCGGCCGCGAUGGUGUGGAGGCUCGACCCGACGGACGCCGUGCCGUACGUCAUGCUGUCGAACCUGUACUCGCGGGCGGGGAGGUGGGGCGACGUGGCGAGGGUCCGGACGUCGAUGAAGGCGAGAGGGAUCACCAAGGAGCCCGGCUGCAGCUGGGUGGCGGCCAACGGCGUGACGCACCUGUUCUACGUGGAGGACCGCCGGCACCCGCGGGCGGCCGAGGUCUACCGGAAGGUGGAGGAGAUGACGGAGAGGAUCCGCGGCCAAGGGUACGUGGCGGACACCGCGUGGGCGCUGCAGGACGAGGGGCCGGAGGGGAGGGAGAAGGGCCUGGCGCACCACAGCGAGAGGCUCGCCGUGGCGUUCGGGCUGCUCGCCGUGCCGGCCGGCGCGCCCAUCCGCGUGUUCAAGAACCUCCGGGUGUGCGGGGACUGCCACGCUGCGAUCAAGAUGGUCGCCCAGGCGUACGGCAGGGAGAUCGUACUGAGGGACUCCAACUGCUUCCAUCACAUGAAGGAUGGUGCGUGCUCGUGCGGCGACUACUGGUAGGUUAGGUGGGUUCAGCGCCGGCUGGCAGGUGCAACAACAGUCCCUGCCUCUGCCUCAUUUUUGGUAGAUCAAGCGUAGCAGGAAUUAGGGAUGUGGAUAAGAGAGCUGGGUGAGGACACUGAGAAGAGACAGUUUUUCCCUCUCCGACAACCGCUUGUAUUUCUAGAUUAGAUUGCACCAAAAGAUGCCAGUGAUGUACAUUCUCGUGCUACUUUUGCUAUUUGAAUGGCCCUUUUGCUAUGUAA